AUGUUUCUUUUAGCGCUUUCAAGUCUUUCAAUUCAAGCAUCUUCAAAAGAUGAAUUGAUUAGUAAGAUCAAGGACGAGUUAGCUCUUAUCAAGGGCGAAAUCCAACAAAUCAAAGAAACUAUUCCUAAUGGAGUUCAAUUUCCACUUCAAGAAAUCCCAGUUCCUUUUAUGCAUAUAAAUUCUCAGUCUAUUGAAAACGAUUUCAAGCUUUUUGAUACAGGUUUUACACUUAAAUACACGAAUUCUAGACCUAUAAUUCUCCCAUCAUUAACGGGCGGAAAAGUCACUAGCUCUCCACCGAAAUUUGGAACUCCUAGAAAUGGUCCAGGAUUUAUAGGUAUGCCCAAGUCUAUAAUUGAUCAUGAUCUUGAUCCUCCUUCUCCAAAACGUCUCAAAGCACUUCAAGCUAAUGCUUUCGAAAGCAAAAAAUAUUUUCAAUCUUUGCCUAGUGGCAAAGAUACAAAACCAGUACCACCACCUUUCCGUGUUUUAGAAAAUUCUUUACAAUAUCCUGGAAAGCCAAAAGUUGUUACACCAGUUAUCAAGCCACGCGCUGAAUCCCCUCUUUUGAAUCAUAGAACUUCUUUUCCUUAUUUUACAUAUAAAGAUGGCAAGGUUGUAUCUACAUUUGAAAAUGCCAGAUCUACUCUUCCUUAUUUUACAUAUAAAGAUGGCAAGGUUGUAUCAUUUGCAAAUGAUCUCAACAGUGUUCAGCCUUCACAUGUACAAAUUCCACUCGCUCCAAGACCAAAACCCCUCAUUGAUCAAAAUGCAUUCAAAAAAUUAACUGAUACAUCCAGACCUGGAGUUUCAACACCUCCUAAAACUGGAUUCAUACCCAGCGAUGAAGAAGUUGAUAUAAAUCGACCAACAUACGUCACACAAUUAACUCGCCCUGAAAAAUCAUCUGAAGAAGAAAUUUCAGAUGAUCAGGAUGUCGGUGUAAAUGCACGAGGCGAUUUAGUAGAUCCUCCAAAAAUAUCAGCAGAUCCAUACGAAGAUGAUCAUGGAGAUAUAGGAAUAAAUCAAAUGUUCCGAGAACUGGGAAAAAGUAAACAAAAAUUCGGAACACUGAAUUUCCACAAUCCACAGUUUGAUGGGGAUCAAAAACAAACUAUUCCAAAUUCUUUACUAAGAGAUGAAAUAAGUAAACCACCCACUUUAGGUAUGCCACGUAAGCGUGCAUCAUUCAUAAACGGAUUUCAACCUAAACCUUUUCAACCUCUAGUUGAUCCAAGACCAAGACUUUCCAAUGAUCUAAAUUCUCUUUUCGAUGAAAAACAAAUAAAGAUGGCAAAAGUUGGAUUAUCUAAACCACAAUCAAACAGAGUAUUUACAUCUGAUGACAAAAUUCCAGUUACAUUAAAUGGUAUGGCAAAGUACUCAGAUGACAAAGUUCCAGUUACAUUAA